CAGCAUGCAUGGCCCCAUUAUCCUAUUGAUCAUCGCAGUUCCAUAUAUCUACUAGCCGGCGUUCUCUAUGGAGUGGAAUUUACAAGACCCAAAGCUCUCAAACCUUUUAACACUCGUUUGCGAAUUUGAGGUCACUCUUCCAUAAAUAUCUACCACCCACUUAGAGAUGGCCGACUAUAGACCACAGGCACCUCAGGUUCAGCAGCAAGAUUUGAAGGGAAAGGUAGCCCUUAUAACAGGCGCAACCAAAGGAAUCGGCCGUGCCAUAGCAAUAGACCUCGCAACGCGGGGUGCCUCCAUCCUAGGAACCUACACAUCCUCACAAUCCGCCCACAACUUCGACACUCUAUCCCACACCAUUACCUCCAUCUACAACUCAACAUCAUCCUCUCCAACACCCACAACUCCCCUCCUCAAAGGCAUUCCCGCAGACAUAACCUCUCUCACCAGCAUCGACACCGUCCUUGACGCCCUCCAAACCUUUCCCACCCCAAAACUCGACACCCUCGUCCUCAAUGCAAGCUACAACGUACACCCACCCCUCGGCACCGCAACCCCGGACGACAUAUCCAAAACCCUGAUCGCAAACCUCCACUGGCCGACCCAGCUCGUCGAAACGCUAACCCGCGACAACCUCUUCAACCCCAACGCCCGCAUCGUCGUCAUCUCUAGCGACCGCCUGCGUCUGCCGCGCCCGGGAUUCUCGCUCUACGCGGUGUCGAAGGCGGGAUUGGAGGCGUUGGUGCGCACUUGGGCGAUCGAACUGCCGCUGAAGUUCCCUGGCACGACGGCGAAUGCGGUGAGUGUGGGGAUGACGGACACGCCACUGUUUAGGAGCUACCCGAGGGAGCGGCAGCAGGCGGUCAUCGACGAAUGGAUGGCGAAGGUGAAGGUUGUUGAAGGAGGCAGGAUGGGGUUUCCGGAGGAUGUCGCGGAUGUUGUGGGGUGGUUGGUUAGUGAGAAGAGUAGGUGGCAGACGGGGAGUGUGGUUGCGGCUAAUGGGGGCUCGGUUUUCGUGGGAGGGUCGAAUUGAGAGGGUUGGGUUUCUUUGGGGAUUAUGCGAUGGUGGUGAUGUGUUUUGUGUAGACGUUGGGGGUUGGAGGGAGAGAGAAAUGCUGGCGAAGACGAGGUGUUCUUGAUGUCUGUAAACAUUGCUUGCGUUUCUUGA